GCCGCUGGGCGCGGGCGUCGCGCUGGCCUGCCAGUACCUGGGCACCGGCGCCGUGUGCCUGACGCUCUACGGCGACGGCGCGGCCAACCAGGGCCAGAUCGCCGAGGCCUACAACAUGGCGGCGCUGUGGAAGCUGCCCUGCGUCUUCGUGUGCGAGAACAACCUCUACGGCAUGGGCACGUCGGCCGAGCGCGCGGCCGCCACCACCGAGUACUACAAGCGCGCGCACUUCCUGCCCGGGCUGCGCGUGGACGGCAUGGACGUGCUGUGCGUGCGCGAGGCCACGCGCUUCGCCGCCGAGCACUGCCGCUCGGGGAAGGGCCCGCUGCUGGUGGAGCUGCUGACCUACCGCUACCACGGGCACAGCAUGAGCGACCCGGGCGUCAGCUACCGUUCCCGCGAGGAGGUGCAGGCCAUGCGCAGCAAGAGCGACCCCAUCAUGCUCCUGCAGGAGAGGAUGGUGAGCAGCGAGCUCAGCAGCGUGGAGGAGCUGAAGGAGAUCAAUGCCGAGGUGAAGAAAGAAGUGGAGGAGGCGGCCCAGUUCGCCACGUCGGACGCGGAGCCAUCUUUGGAUGUGUUGGGCCACCACAUCUACAGCAGCACCCCACCGUUUGAAGUGCGCGGUGCAAACCAAUGGAUCAAGUUUAAAUCCAUCAGUUAAAGGGAGGCAAUAUGCAAAUGUGUUAUAAAUCUUCAGUAGGAGUCUACAGUCAGACGUUGUUAAGGGAAAAUGAAAACAAAACUCUUGUAAGAUGGUACUGAAAUAGGUUAGUAGGUUAUUAAAAGUUAUUUGAAGAUGUACACUCAAUUUAAAGAGGUGUUCAAUUGCAUAUUAAAAUGCUACGCUGUUGAUCAUUUA